CACGAUUUGUGAAACUGAAUCAUGUGGCUCAGUCAUUUAGCAUUGGUUUGAUCCUAAUGUAAGCACUUAUUGUUGACGAUGAUUAAGAGAGAAUCCGAAAUUCAAAUAUGAGUACUUGGGAACGCUCUGAAUCUUCUUCCUCACCUUCGGCACCGUCAUGGUUUUCUCACUUCUGGUCGUCGGCGCUACGGUCCAAACCACUAGCUUCGCCGUCGGAGACCGCAAUCCAUGCUUCCUCCGGCGAAGGUCUUGUCCGCCGUCUCAGUCUCUUUGAUCUCCUUCUUCUCGGCAUUGGAGCUUCUAUCGGCGCCGGAAUCUUUGUUGUUACCGGCACCGUCGCCCACGAUACCGGUCCAGGAGUUACUGUCAGCUUCAUAAUUGCAGGAGGAUCUUGCGUGCUCAAUGCUCUCUGUUAUGCUGAGUUAGCUUCACGCUUUCCAGCUGUUGUUGGGGGAGCAUACUUAUAUGCUUAUACAGCUUUCAAUGAGAUUAUUGCUUUCCUUGUAUUUUCACAGUUGAUGCUUGAUUAUCAUAUUGGUGCAGCUAGCAUAGCUCGCAGUUUAGCAAGUUAUGUGAUUACUGCACUAGAGCUCAUUCCCUUCCUCAAUAACAACAUCCCAAGUUGGGUUGGACAUGGCAGUGAAGAAAUAUAUGGUGCAUUUUCUUUUAAUUUAUUAGCUCCAAUUCUCCUAGUGCUUCUGACAAUUGUUCUAUGUCGAGGUGUUGGAGAAUCUUCAAUAUUAAAUUCAGUGAUGACAGUGACUAAGGUAGUCAUUGUUAUUUUUAUAAUCAUUGUUGGAGUUUUUGAGGUUGAUGUUUCAAAUUGGAGUCCUUUUGCUCCUAAUGGAUUUGAAUCUGUACUGACUGGAGCAACUGUAGUAUUCUUUGCGUAUGUUGGGUUUGAUGCAGUUGCUAAUUCUGCGGAAGAGUCUAAAAGCCCACAAAGAGACUUGCCGUUGGGCAUAAUCGGGAGCCUGCUUAUUUGUAUUGCAUUAUAUGUUGGAGUCUGCUUGGUGCUCACUGGGAUGCUUCCAUACAAGUCACUUGGUGGGGAUGCUCCCCUGGCUGAUGCUUUUACAUCAAAGGGCUUGCAAUAUGUGUCUGUAUUAAUUAGCAUUGGCGCUAUUGCUGGACUUACUACCACUCUCCUGGUUGGGCUUUAUGUACAGUCCCGUCUAUAUCUUGGCCUUGGAAGAGACGGUUUGUUACCAUCACUGUUUGGUGAAGUACAUCAAACUCGACACACUCCUGUUCAUUCACAAAUUUGGGUUGGAAUUGUUGCCAGUGUCUUAGCAGGAUGCUUUAAUGUGCACAUUCUCUCGCACAUUCUCUCAGUAGGAACCCUGACAGGAUAUUCUGUUGUUUCAGCAUGUGUUGUGACUCUUCGCUGGAAGGAUAAGACUGCCUGUCAGGUGUUUGGCAAGUCUAUUUCUAGCAGGGCAGAAGGCCUCAUGUGCCUCAUUACAGUUGUCUGUUGCGGGUUUGCUGCAGGAGUCUUUUACCGUUUUGGAGCUUCACUUAUAUUCGUGAUCAUAGCUGUAUUUAUUGCAAUCUUGGCAGCUGCUGCUCUUCAUUUCCGUCAAGUUAAUACUAGUACACCAGGAUUUUCUUGCCCAGGAGUCCCCAUUCUGCCUACGGUUUGCAUCUUCAUCAAUAUUUUUCUGUUUGCCCAGUUGCAUUAUGAAGCAUGGGUGAGAUUUGUUGUUCUCAGCAUUGUUACAGUUGGGAUGUAUGCAGUAUACGGGCAAUAUCAUGCCAAUCCUCUAAGUUCAAACACAUUAAUCAUUUACCAAAAAGCACCUACAGAAGCUGAUUAAUGAAACCUCCUAAUGGUUCUUACUGAACCUAGACUAUAAUUUUAUCAACUGUAAGUAUCUUGACGCUUUUCUUUCCAAUAAAAGCUACACACAAUUGUAUUCGUCAGGAGUUGUUGUAUCAUGGUGCGUAUAUAUGUAAAGUUAUUUUGUAAUCUUACAACUUAGUGUUGUAGUUGAAAGCCUGGUGCUGUUUUGAAUAACUACACUGUAAUUGUACAACACCAUUUCCCUGGUGGAUUUCAAUAGAACUUUGUUGUUUACUCAUAAAAAAA